AUGGAAGAAAAACUUUUACCUCAAAAAAGAAAAGUUUUUUGCCCGUUCAACUGUAGUAUGAUCAAUCCACAGUCAGUAUCUUCUCGACAAUUGAAUAGGAAAUCAAGUCAGAAUUUGAAACAAAAGACAGAAGAAAAAAUGUCUGCUGAAGAUGUGGAAGUUGGUUAUAGAAGAGCUUCUUGA